GGGCGGCGGCGUGCGGAAUCGGACGCAGGUUAGCUCCGCCAAGUUCGCGACUGUAGCCCUCGGCCGCCCAGCCCACCCGGGGGCCUCUUCCCUCGAAUUUUUCCGGGAGCGUCUCGGAGCAAGUGCGCGUGCGCGCCAGGCCAGUCCGCGCGCCUCUCCGCGGUCCUCGCGCGCCGGGCGGCCGGCGGCUCGACGGUUCCUUAGACUCCUUUCCUCCUCCUGCAUCUCAGCCUUGGCUGUACACCGGCAGCCAGCAUGUCGAGGAGGCGGCACAGCGACGAGAACGACGGUGGACAGCCUCACAAAAGGAGAAAGACCUCUGAUGCAAAUAAAACCGAAGAUCAUUUGGAGUCUUUAAUAUGUAAAGUAGGAGAAAAGAGUGCCUGCUCUUUGGAGAGCAACCUAGAAGGCUUGGCUGGCGUAUUAGAAGCUGAUCUUCCUAACUACAAGAGCAAGAUCUUAAGGCUUCUUUGUACAGUUGCACGUCUACUACCUGAGAAGCUGACAAUUUAUACAACAUUAGUUGGACUGCUGAAUGCUAGAAAUUACAACCUCGGUGGAGAAUUUGUAGAAGCAAUGAUUCGUCAACUUAAAGAGUCAUUGAAAGCAAACAAUUACAAUGAAGCUGUCUAUUUGGUUCGUUUUUUAUCUGAUCUUGUGAAUUGUCAUGUGAUUGCUGCCCCAUCAAUGGUUGCUAUGUUUGAAAAUUUUGUAAGUGUAACUCAGGAAGAAGAUGUACCUCAGGUGCGACGAGAUUGGUAUGUGUAUGCGUUUCUGUCAUCUUUGCCCUGGGUUGGAAAGGAGUUAUAUGAAAAGAAAGAUGCAGAGAUGGACCGAAUCUUUGCCAACACUGAAAGCUAUCUAAAAAGGCGCCAGAAGACACAUGUGCCCAUGUUGCAAGUAUGGACUGCUGAUAAGCCACACCCACAAGAAGAGUAUUUAGAUUGCCUCUGGGCCCAGAUUCAGAAAUUGAAAAAGGAUCGCUGGCAGGAACGGCACAUCCUAAGACCUUAUCUUGCCUUUGACAGCAUCCUCUGUGAAGCACUACAGCAUAAUCUGCCUCCUUUCACACCACCUCCUCACACUGAAGAUUCAGUGUACCCGAUGCCCAGGGUUAUCUUCAGAAUGUUUGAUUACACAGAUGAUCCCGAGGGUCCUGUCAUGCCAGGGAGUCAUUCAGUGGAGAGGUUUGUCAUAGAAGAGAAUCUCCACUGCAUCAUUAAGUCCCACUGGAAAGAAAGGCAGACUUGUGCUGCAAAACUCCUGAGCUACCCAGGAAAGAGCAAGAUCCCCUUGAACUACCACAUAGUGGAGGUGAUCUUUGCAGAGCUGUUUCAGCUCCCAGCGCCCCCUCACAUUGAUGUGAUGUAUACCACGCUGCUCAUUGAGCUGUGCAAACUGCAGCCUGGCUCUCUCCCUCAAGUUCUUGCACAAGCAACUGAAAUGUUAUACAUGCGUCUGGACACAAUGAGUACCACUUGCGUGGACAGGUUUAUUAAUUGGUUUUCUCAUCAUCUAAGUAAUUUUCAGUUCCGUUGGAGCUGGGAAGAUUGGUCAGAUUGUCUUACUCAAGAUCUUGAAAGUCCCAAACCAAAGUUUGUAAGAGAAGUUCUAGAAAAAUGUAUGAGGUUGUCUUACCAUCAGCGUAUAUUAGAUAUUGUUCCUCCUACCUUCUCAGCUCUAUGUCCCGCAAACCCAACCUGCAUCUACAAGUAUGGAGAUGAAAGUAGCAAUUCUCUUCCUGGACAUUCUGUGGCCCUCUGUUUAUCUGUUGCCUUUAAAAGUAAAGCAACCAACGAUGAAAUCUUCAGCAUUCUGAAAGAUGUACCAAAUCCUAACCAGGAUGAUGAUGAUGAUGAAGGAUUCAGUUUUAACCCAUUGAAAAUAGAGGUCUUUGUACAGACUCUGCUUCAUUUGGCAUCCAAAUCGUUCAGCCACUCCUUCAGUGCUCUUGCAAAGUUUCAUGAAGUCUUCAAAACCCUAGCAGAGAGUGAUGAGGGGAAGCUACAUGUGUUGAGAGUUAUGUUUGAGGUUUGGAGGAACCACCCACAGAUGAUUGCUGUCCUGGUUGAUAAGAUGAUUCGCACACAGAUAGUUGACUGUGCUGCAGUAGCAAACUGGAUCUUCUCUUCAGAGCUGUCUCGUGACUUUACAAGAUUGUUUGUUUGGGAAAUCUUGCACUCCACAAUCCGCAAGAUGAACAAACACGUUUUGAAGAUCCAGAAAGAGCUAGAAGAAGCUAAAGAGAAACUGGCAAGGCAACACAAACGGCGAAGUGAUGAUGAUGACAGAAGCAGUGACAGGAAAGAUGGGGCCCUUGAGGAACAAAUAGAGAGACUGCAGGAAAAAGUCGAAUCUGCGCAGAGUGAGCAGAAGAACCUGUUCCUUGUAAUAUUUCAGCGUUUUAUCAUGAUCUUGACCGAGCACUUAGUACGAUGUGAAACUGAUGGGACCAGUAUAUUAACACCGUGGUAUAAGAACUGUAUAGAGAGACUCCAGCAGAUCUUCCUACAGCAUCACCAGAUAAUCCAGCAGUAUAUGGUAACCCUGGAGAACCUGCUUUUCACCGCAGAGUUAGACCCUCACAUCCUGGCUGUGUUCCAGCAGUUCUGUGCUCUGCAGGCCUGAGGAUCACAAUUUUCCUCAUGUUGAUUUUUUUCUAAUAUCUUAAAAUAAUUUGUCUUUAUUUUUGAUGGUUUGAUGCUUGCUUUCUUGUAGCCUUUCACUUCUUAAAAAAAACAAAGGGGGAGAGGGGAAGUGAGAAAUAUGACAUUACCCUUAUUUGUCUCUAAAAGGCAAAGACUUCUUAGUGAUAAUGUGAUAAUGACCGUGAUGUAUUAUAUAUGCGACAGACACAACUUUUUAGUGAUCAGUUUGAUAUUUUCUCUCGUUAAGGCACAAAACAAGUUUGAGGUGUGUGAAACAAUAGAGGUUCAAUUUACAAAGUUGUAGGUAGACGGUGGGCUUAUUACCAGGUAGCAUAACUUGUCACAGCUCCUGGAUACCCUAACAUGGCUGAAAUAAAGCUAAAAAUAUGUUUUGUAAA